AUGUGGUUACCGAGAGAGCGACCCUUGCAUUGUCAUGAUUUUGGUUUCCCGAAGCACAUGAUCCGCACUCGAGUCGGGUAUACCGGAGGGACAACAAUUAGUCCGACUUAUCAUAGAUUAGGUGAUCACACAGAAACUAUUGACAUUGAAUUUGAUCCAAAUGUAACCACUUAUGAGAAACUUCUGAACCUGUUUUGGACUAAUCAUUCGCCAACUGUUUGUCACAAACGUCAGUAUAUGUCUGCCAUCUUCUACCACAACGACAACCAAAAACAAUUGGCAGAAAAGUCAGUACAAGAAACACAAAAGCUUUACUCAAAACCAAUUCAGACAAAGAUAUUACUGUUGGAUGUGUUUUACGAGGCAGAAGACUAUCAUCAGAAAUAUAUGCUAAGGAAACACAACGACCUAUUGAAAAGUCUAUCUUUAAGUGACAAACAGCUGAUCCGUUCACACAUUGCCUCCAGAAUUAAUGGUUAUUUGGGAAACUUUGGAUCAAUCAAGCAGUUUGAAGACGAGUCGAUUAAUUGGGGUCUCACUGACCACCAGAUGAACUACAUUAGAGAACAAAUAAAAAAUUAUUAG